AUGUCAGAAGAACAAGAACAAAAACCAGAUGUCAAAUCCGAAACACACAUCAACCUAAAGGUUUCUGACGGCUCCAGUGAAAUCUUCUUCAAAAUCAAGAAGACUACCCCAUUGAAAAGACUUAUGGAGGCCUUUGCUAAGAGACAAGGUAAAGAAAUCGAAUCUCUAAGAUUCCUAUACGACGGUGUCCGUGUGCUACCGGAUCAAACACCAGAAGAACUAGACAUGGAUGACAAUGAUAUCAUUGAGGCUCAUAGAGAACAAAUCGGAGGGUCCAUCUAA